CAUGUUUCUAUCACACCAACUGCAACUGCAACUGCAACAACACUGACAGCAAUUCAUUGCUAACAUUUUUUUCAAGAGACAAUUGUCAAUGCAAUAAUAUUUAAAUUAAAGGACUUAUAUAAAUUAUAUCAAAGACAUUUUUGAAUUUUGUAAUUCAUAUAUGAUUUUAAAUUUCGCCUUGUAUUCAAACAUAUAUUAAAAAACGUUACAUUUCAUAAUUAUCAGUGAACCAUAUAUAAGCUUCAUCUGCUGACCUCUACGAAUAUAUAAGAGAACGAAGCGGGGUAGGAGCUGCAACACAAGCAACCGCAAAACACCGUGUGUUUAUUCAUUACCAUGACAACUGGAAUUUAAACAAUCGCAUCCAUAACAUUAAUGUAUUGACGAUAAGAUUGUAACACUAUUCGAUUCAACUGUCACACCAAUUCCUUCUCCUCAUCAAAUAAUCCCUGUGAUUCAACUCAGUUGUGAUGAUAAUUUCAAUCUACAAUUAUUAUUAUUAUAAUUAUUGAAAAAAAUAAAAAUGAAAAAUUAUUCAAAAUUCGAUAAUUUAUCCCCAGAACGGAGUUGUAAUUCAAGCCCGAAAUGGUCAUCCCCAGAACAUCAUUCUUCAUCGAAUCAAUAUCAUAAUAAAUCGAUAAAUUCAAAUAGACAUACACCUAAUCAUAAAUAUAUGAUGAAUAAUCAAUAUUAUAGUAAUAAUAAUAAUACUAAUAUAGAUGAAACUUCUACUGCUACUAUUUCAAAUGAUUCAAAAAUUCAAAUUUUUAAAUCAAUCGAUGCGGAUGAAACUACACCGACUGGUACAAAUCAACAAAAUGGAAUUAUUUCCAUGAUCAAUACACCUAAUAAUACGCCAGCUUUAAAUGGUUCCAUUGAUAUUGAACAUUUACGUUACCCAUUGAGAGAAGCAAUGAAUCAAGAUUUAAUUGAUUUGCUGAGAUCACAAAUAUCAAAAUUAUUAGAAGAGAAUGAAAAACAUUUAUCAAGAAUUGAUGAUUAUCGACAAAAGAUUACAUUAAUUGAAAGAGAGAACCGUGAAGCUGCAGCUGACCCAUCGAAUGAACUAAUCAUACUUCAAACUGAACUUGGUGAAGCACGUAUGCGAGAAGCAGAGUUGACAGUAGCCUUUGAAGAGCUACAGCAUCGGAUCACAGCUAUUGAUCGUCUUAUAGAGACUGAUCCUGAGAUGGAGAAUUUUUUCAAUGCUGUCACUAUAUCACCAACAAGUUUGUCCUUGAAGAAACCAUCAUCACAAGCGAAUAAUAAUACAAGUCAGAAUAAUUCACCGGCAAAGUAUCCUCCCCCUCCUCCAUCAUCCUCAUCGAGUAAUACUCAUCACUCAUCACCACAACACAAUCUAUCCGAUGUAGAAGAUCAAAGAAUGGCACCGUAUUUAAGCGAUGAAAAUCCUCAGAAGAUUGCUUCACCAUCCAGCAACAAAUCAAUGUACAGUCGUAGUAACACUAACAACAACAAUAAUAAUACUGCCUCUAGUCGAAUGUAUUCACGUCUUCAAAAUGAAUCCUAUCCAACACAUUUUACCAGUGAUACGGAUGGUGAAUACACGAGGAAUAUUCAACGAUCAGGAUUGGAUUCUCCACAAAGUGAUAGUGGUUGUAGUUUAGCAAGUCAUACUACAUCUGACGGUCGAGACGGGAUUACAACACCAGCUUCAGGGAGAGCAAAUCUCGGCAUUGGAAUAGAUGCUUACGAUUAUUCCAGUAAUUCUGGUGGUAGACGUUUAACUCAACCACAGUAUAGCUUUCAAUCAGAUAUAAAUCAACAGACAAAAUCACCUUCUCGUCGAGAUAAAAGUCGUGCUCCCGGUGGUGCCGGUGUUCCUGAGGAUGAAGAUGACCUUGACAUGGAUUCAAAAUCAAAUCGUCCAAGAGGAUUUGUUUCCUUAUUACGUAGAAGUCGUAGUAGUGCUGCAGAUCAUGUUACAAUGCAUGGAUUUCGUAGUGAAUUAGUCUCGCCAUGCUCAAAUGAUACAAUUCAUUUUAAUAAUAAUAAUAAUCGUGGUUCAAUCGAUACACCGACGCCGACGGAAUCAUGUCAUUCUGAAACAGAACCAUAUGAGACUGGAAUGAGCGAAAAAAGACUUGGUGACCGGCUGAGUCGAUUAAGAGCUUCACUAAGACAAUCAUUUGGUUGGCCUACAUCAAAACCUGAUUUUAGAAUGGAAGCUUUCGCUGCAAGACAAGGUGAAGCUAGAGCUUUAUUGAAAUUAAGAGAAACUAGAAUGGAUGUAUUAAGAGUACAGUCCAGAUGUCAAACACUUCAACGUCAUAUUGAUCGUCUGGAAGCUAUUAAUUCAUUUCGUAUGUCUGAGCUGGAAGAUGCUGUGGCCAAUGAUAGAGAAUUAAGACAAGAGAUAAGAAAUCUGCAAACUCGUAUCUUUCAAUUGGAAGCUGAACAUCGAGAGUUUAAAGUUGGUCAACGGAUUAAAGAAAUGGAAUUGAUGAGUAAACUUGCUGAAUCCAACAUGCGACUGUCACAUGCUGAAAUGACGAAUCAACAAGCGAUUGUUUGGUCCCAGCUGAAUAAAGCGCAUGAAGCAGCUGUCGAUCUGCUGACGCCAGCACAUUCACAAACAUCAUUAAUAUCACCCGGUAUGAUUACAAUGGAUUCGCCGUCGAUUUCACGUUAUUCCUCCGCAAACAGUGGCAAUAAUAAUAAUACUAAUAAUAAAGAUGAUGUUAUAGACAGUGGAAGAGGUAAAAGCAGCUACCAGUCUGUCUCACGUUAUGGUGAUCUAAGAAGAGAUGUAAGCGGAAGGAAAUCGGAUUUGAGUAAACCAACUGUAUUCACAGAGUUUUCAGAUGGACAGUAUGCUACUUCAGUCUAUGAGAGUACAAAUGAAAGACGACUUUUAAGAUCAGAUUCAAUCUCUAGUCAAAGAGGUCAUCAACAGCAACACCAACAACACCAACAUCGUCCACCUUCUCAUAAUCGUCAACAUCAUCAUAGUCCAGCUGGUAAUCGCGACAGGUCAAUCGAUUCAAUGUCGGAAUUACGUCUAAUGCCAGAGAUUAGUAUCACCGCGAAAUCAUCUGAUAUCAAUCGAUAAAUUGAUAAAUAUAUAUGAAAAUAUUAAUUAGGCGUUAUACAAUAUAUAUAUAUAAACAGUUUCAAACCACCCCCAUCCCCCUCCCCAAAUUUCUGUCUAUCUCUCCCUCAGCUUCGUAACAUAUCAGCUUCAAAUUUCAACAUAUCCAAAAUAAACAGCUGUUAGUUGUUAGGUGUAUUUACACCGUAUCAUAUCACAUCAUACCAUAUCAUAUCUGUGUAUAUCUUCUCCGUCCGAUUCCCCCCCACGUUACACAUGACCUUCGUCUCCUUAACCAGCACAGUUCAUCAAAAGGAAAAAAGCCAAAAAAAUUAGAGGAUAAGGGUAAUCAACACACACACGUAUCACAUACUACUUAUAUGUGCAUAUAUUACUGAAAUUCAACAUAUGAAACCAGUGUAUUUCAUUACCUGUCUGUUUUCUACCUUUUUUGUCUUGCUAUUUAUUGAUUUUUUUUCAAAAACAGCUAACUAGCUGUCUGUCUGUCUACCUAUCGAUCUAUCUAUCUAUCAACCAAUUAAUGUAAUAGGAGAGACAGUUAGUUGGAGGAGGGGGAGGUGCGUAAUUCUUGAAAUUAAGACA